AUGGGUGAACCAUCGGCGUGUCUCGUUCGAUCCUUCUCCAGUCCCGCCGACACUCGUUACGAGUUCCUGAGAAAUGGUGGUGUGUUAUGUUUGGUUUUGGUUUUCGUUGUUGAGAGGUUGGAGUUUCUGAAAAUUUCUAUCAUUCAGUCUCACGUUGUUUUUGUCGAGGAAAGGAACCACGCAUGGGUUUCGAUGUCAAUGGGUAACCCUAUCCGUGCGCUUGGAGAAUCUAUCUCUUUUGGGAGGUUUAUGACAGAAAACUUGAAUUGGGAGAAAUGGUCAGCAUUCACUCAUAAUCGCUAUGUUGAAGAAGCUGAGAGAUAUUCCAAGCCGGGUUCUGUGGCCGCGAAGAAAGCCUACUUUGAGGCUCAUUACAAGAGAAAGGCUGCGGAGAGAGCAGCUGCAUUGAUGAUCCAAGAAGCAAAUGCAAAUUCUCAGGCUAAUGGAACUUUUGAGACGGAAGCUCGGCAAGGAAACUAUGCUGAUUCACCCUCUGAAACGAGUUCAAAUGUAGAAAUGGUUGUAGCCGCCAAUGAACAGCCGAAUGAAGAAACUGUUAAUUGCCAAGUUGUUGAAUGUGCUGAUGGAGAUCAGCAUAAAUGUGAUGCUGGACAAAGUGAUUUAGACAUUUCCAAUGUUGAAGGAGUAGAGGAUGUGCCUCAUACUCACGUUGAUACAGAUAUUAAUUUGGAAAGUUGCACAUUCAUUGAUAAUUCUAAUCAGUUUGAUCAUGUUGAAGACAAUACAAAUACUGGCGCUGUGGAAGAGAAGAAUCUUGAUCAUGGCGCUGAGGGUCAGGAAGUUUUGGGUUUGCCCGUUGACGAAAUAGAAGCAAAUUCUUCUCCAAAAUUAUCAACCAAAACUGUGCCUGCCAAAUGUUCUCGCCUUGCCGAACGGAAGGCUGCUGCAGCUGGGCCACCCAAAAGUGGAAUAAAAAGAGGUCCGAAAGGCAAGAAGUCUGUUGGAGAUUUAGUUGAGAAGAAGAAACUAACUGCACAGUCACUCCACAUGUCAAUCAAUCUUCCAUCUAGGACUGGUGAAACACGCAAAAGAACUGCUGCAGCUACAGAGUCCAGAAAUGGCUUAAACAAAUUUUCAACAAGUAAAACGUCUGUUGGAGGCUUGGUUGACAAGAAACUAAUAGCUGCACCAUUACUUAACAUGUCAAACAAUCUCCCAUCAGGUGCUGUUAUAACAAGCCAAACACCUUCUGCAGCUACUAAACCCAGAAAUAGAAUAAAUUUUGUUACAAAAAUUAUGACGUCCGUAGGAAACUCAGUGGCAAAGAGAUCAACUACAAGGUCACUCCACAUGUCAAUCAAUCUGCCUUCUGGUGCAGCUGAUACAAGUAAAACAGCUUCAGUGUUUCAACAAAAUAGAAUUAAAAAAAUUCAUUCUAAUUUGCCCAAAAGUAAUCCAGUGGCAUUGGGGGCAUCGACUGAGGCAUCUCAUGGUUUGCUAAGUCAAGAUUCUGCAAGUCUCCCUUCUCAGAGUAGAAGGACUGAAAGACCACUUAAUAAGUCUGUAUCUGGAGGUGUUACAGUGAAUGCAACACCUUCCUCUUCCGUUUCUUCUGGAAGUGAAGAAAGAGCAGUUAAACGUAAAGAGUUCUUGCAGAGGAUGGAUGAAACUAAAUCCAAGGAAGAAGAGAAAGUGAAGUUGCAAAGAACUCUCAAGGGUAAAACAGAGCAUGAUCACAAGAAGCUGCGGCAGAGCAGUGGCUCUAUAUCCAAACUAAAUGAGGACAAGCCUGUUGGAUCGCAUUCACUAAGUAAUCAGAUUAGAAAGAUCUCACCUACACUUCCCCGGUCACCAAAACUUGUGAGCAAAGCAAAUUCUAGUUCAAGCACAGUCCAGGACAAAAACUUAGGAAAUUCGUGGAAGCCUCCUAGGAGCACAAAUAAUUCCAAACGUACAACUGAAAAAAUUAACCGAACCACAAGACAAUCAGUAACUUCAUUUUCUAGUACAACAGGAGAAAAUGCUUCACCAAAUAUUCAGCAGCAUUGA